AUGGGGUACGGGUCAGGCGGCAGUCCUGCGGCAAGCUCGCCCAGGCGCCAGACAGGCAGCAUCGGACCUCAUGCUAACCGCGAUAUCGUGUUUGUGUUGGACACGUCAGGCAGCAUAUCCAACGCGGCCUUCGAGCAAGCCAAGGAGGGCGUGGCUCUUCUAACCAGCUCCUUCUGUCCUACCACAAUGGGCAGGGGCCUGGGCGGAGAGAAGCAGAUAGCCUUGGUGCUGUUCGGAAGCCAGGUUGAGACGGCAAUCCCAUUCACCGAGAGUCACGCUGGCGUUGACCAACUUAACCGUAAAAUCAUUGCCUUGCGUCAUCGCCACGAGGCCGCCACCGCCACGGCCGAGGCACUGCGUCACACUAGGACCAGAGUUCUUGGCCAAGGAGUCAGCCGCCUUAACAACCCGGACACUGCCACUCACGUCUUCGUCAUCACCGACGGCCGUUGUAACAUAGGGUGCAGUCAGCUGGCAGAAGAGGCCGAUAAACUGAGAGCAAUGGAAGGGGUACAGGUUUUUGCUAUGGGCAUUGACAACGCUCGCGCCUGCGAACUCGAGAUUAUCACUGGGAGGGGGUCUGACCUGGCGUAUGGUCUUAGUGACUUUAGUCAGUUCGAGCAAUUCGCAAAGGCAGUCAGAGAAAGAGCGUCCCAGGAGCCAAACGGAUGCAUUUAA